AUGAAAUUUGUAAUUCAAAAAUUAAAACUUGCUGAUGGAGAUUAUGUUAUAGAAAAAAAUUCUUUUGAAAUUAUGUUUAGUCAAUGUACAAUUAAUAACAUAUUUCAAAUGGGAAAUGAUAUCAAGAAUACCAUUGAAGACCUUGUUAAUAAUAAAAUAAAAGUUGAAGAUUUUCCAAUUAUUCAAGUCUGUAUUAUCAAUGAUAUGUUUUUUUCUUCUGAUAAUCAAAGGCUUUAUAUGUUCCAAGAAGCAAUUCGUAGAGGAUUAAACAUUACCAAGAUUCCAGUAAAAAUACGACGAAUAACAGACUUAAAUAUAAAAUGGAAAUUAAAAGGUUUAUAUAAAAUUAUUCAAAAUAAUAAUUUUAAAAAUAUCAUAGUUAGCAAAUAUGCGAAAAAUGGAAGAGUUAUAGAAAAGAAUGGAUUUUGGAAUUUUAUUUCUAAAUAUUAA